AUGACCUACUGCAAGGGCAAGGAGUGCCGCAAGCACACCCAGCACAAGGUCACCCAGUACAAGGCCGGAAAGGCCUCGCUGUUCGCGCAGGGAAAGAGACGUUACGACCGAAAGCAGUCCGGUUACGGAGGUCAGACCAAGCCUGUCUUCCACAAGAAGGCCAAGACCACCAAGAAGGUCGUUCUGCGUUUGGAGUGCGUCAAGUGCAAGACCAAGCUUCAGCUCGCUCUGAAGCGCUGCAAGCACUUCGAGCUCGGUGGUGACAAGAAGACGAAGGGUGCUGCUUUGGUGUUCUAA